AUGACAUUUCGACAUCGCGAUACGCAGUCGAUUCCACACGAGACAGACUGGUUACUGCACCCUGGGAACAACACCCCUUCACCGACAAAGUCGCGUGCACGCCGGUUUGCCGCCCACCUCACCACGGAAAUCAACCCUCACUAUGGAGAUAUCUUACUCAUAUUCUGCUAUAUCAUUACUGGACUACUCGAUAGCUCUGCCGUGUUCAUUUGGGGCUCUUUCGUGAGCAUGCAGACCGGCAACACCGUGUACCUAGGCCUUGGCCUGAUCGGCAUAGACGACACCACCCGCUGGAUCAAAGCCGGCGUCUCCAUUUUCAGUUUCUGCUUCGGUUCCCUCUGCUUCGCUGCCUUCCACCGGCGGUUUCCAUCGCGACAGCGCUGGGUGCUUUGCGCGUCGUUCGCCAUCCAGAUGCUCUGUGUAGCAGUAGCUGCGACAAUCGUGACCUUGCACUUUCCUUCCAGACAGUCGGACCUCAGCUGGAAAGCACUGGUGCCACAGGUUCUGGUCGCGUUUCAGAGUAGCGGACAGGCCGUGACAAGCCGCGUCUUGCAGUUUAAUGGGUUGACCAGUGUGGUGUUGACCAGUGUCUACUGUGACUUUUUCUCCAGUCCCAGGUUUCCGUCGCUUUCUGCGGUGGAGGACAGGAGGCGCCUGGGCGCGAUUGGUUGUUUACUCCUUGGAACGGUUCUUGGAGGGCUGUGGGCGAGAAGUUCGGCGGGAUUAAUGGGGGCUUUGUGGAUGGCAGUUUUGUGUAAAGGGAUGAUUACUGGUGCCUGGCUGGGAUGGAAGGGGCAGCAGAGCGAUGAUUGA